GAAGGUGGAGUUUAGCCCUUUGUUCUGGCCUGGGGAGCUAGUCAAACAGGAAGAACAGAUUUAAAACAGUUGUGGGAGGGUGGCUGCAGCUGGGACUCAGUGCAUGGAAGAGCCGUGCAGGUAGGGCAGGGGCAGGGAGUGCCAGGAACUCAGCCUGCCUCUGCCUGCUCACGGGGAUGAAAGCAGAGACUCCUUAACAUGGACCCUCUUUGAAGCAGCAAUGGCCUGAUCUGAGAGCUGCCAAGAUGUGUCGGCUGGACACCCUUGAUCCCAGCAGCUUCCAGAAGCUCCUCAUGAAGACGGGGCUCAUCCUGAUUGUGAUCGGCCACCUCAGUUUCAUCUCCGGAGCCCUUGUGCACGGGACAGUGCUGCGCUACGUGGCAAACCCCCAGGAUGCCAUCUCCCUGCAGUACGCCAUCUCCAACGUCAUCUCGGUGACCUCGGCCAUCCUGACCAUCUCCUGUGGUAUAGCUGCGAUUGUACUGUCCAGAUACCUGUCCCUAACCGCUCUGAAGUGGGCAGUCUUCUCCCUCAGCAUAAGCAGCACCCUGCUCUCGCUCUUCUGCUCCGUGGGGCUGGCGGUCUCCAUUAUCCUCACCUUCGCCAACAAAGGGCGUGCCCUGCUGGCCACGUGCACCUUCGCCAAUGUGAAGCUGAUCCAGAUCUCCCACGAGUGCUCCUUCGACCCCACCGGGGUCUAUAGCUCCUCGCUGUCCCUCUGGACCAUGUCCCUGAUACUCGACGUGGUGGAGAUCAUCUUCAGCAUCCGGUGCUUCCUGCUCACCCUCACUCUCCUCAACCUGAAACUGUGUCGGGGGACCCGCAAGAAAAAGGUCACGUUGCAGCUCGUCCCAGUGGAGAAUCGAGAAGCCAGUGAGGACCGUGUCCUCCUGAGGCAGGGCAGAGUGGAGACCGUGUGGCUCUGAACAGGCCCGAGGAGCCCCCUGGCACCGCGGGUCCAAGCCUCCGCUCGUGCAUCAACCGCAUGGACCUGCCCCCAACCAGGCUUUGCUGUCCCAGCAAGCUCAGUGGCUUGCCUUCCUUCCCCCAUUGUUCUCCCAUAUGCUGCACUGGCCUCAUGGCUCAUGGGAUUCUGCCAUCCCAGCCUCCUCCCCGGGGCGGUGCUGUUGCUCAGACCCAUUGCUGUAAUGAGGGGAGGGGAUCUUCCACCUGCUGCCUUAAUCUCCUGGCCCUCUCCUGCUUGCUCAGCUGCAGGGAGCGAGUGAGGAAGGGGCUGGGAGUUGUUGGAUGUAAACUGGCCUCCCCCAGCCAGGGAGAGACAAAAUCUCGCUCUGGGGGCGUGCCUGGGUCUGACAUCAUCCCACAAGCAGCUGCAC